AUGAAACUUUUGGACAUUUAUGUGCCGAUGAAGCGCGAAUUAAGUCCGGAUGAAUUUUGUAUCUUGUUGUUCGCGAAAGAUGAACCGACAGAGAAAUGCCAAUUCGAAUUAAACCCGAUUAAGCGUUCUUUCGUUAAUCAUCAAGAGUUUAAGGUUCUGUCGGAUUCGGUACAGAAUGUAAUCGUCGAUUUAUUUAUAAACAUUACUCGUUACGAACAAUUUUUGGAAGCAAUAAGCAAAGAUUUAUUUAAUAAACGACAUCAUCGGAAUACCGAUAACUUAAACGAAACCAUGGGUCUUCUAUACAUCCUAGCAUACAGAACAUUCGCUUUAUAUUUCGAACAUUCCGUGGACUGCUUUCAUCACUUUAAAAUACAAAAAAUGUUGUUUCUUAUUACGUAUCUUCUUCGCUCGGAAACGUCAAAUCUUUUCCACGAAAAGGGUUGCUUAGUAUUCGACGAGGACUUUGUCGAACAAAAGCUGAUUUUCCCAUUCUUAGAAGCGACACCAUGCUUGGAGAAGCUUCAGAGUCAUCUGAAAGAAGAGUUGCAGAAAAUGAAACAUCCUAAAAAAAAGCUUACUAUUCCGUUAUUCAUGAAUGUUUUGCAUCGACCGAGAUACCGUUUCAGAGUACCUCCUUCCACACCGGAAGAUUGGACGAUGGGGAAAUUUGCACGCCAAGUUCCACCGACCAACUACCUGAAGCCAUCAACAGAGACGAAAUUGGAGUUGUUGAGAGCUAAGAACAAACUGCACGCUAUGAAUUUGUUGAAGGAUGCGAACGAGAAUGCGCCGAGUUGUUUCCAACGUCGUAAAGAUUCGAUCAAACCUGUGAAAACAGAACAACCGAAGACGGUUUUCGUGAGAAAAUCGGUUCCGACGUUUAAGCCUGUGGAGGUGAAACAGACAGCAGCUUCGAUUUUAAGGGAAUGUGCGCGCGUGAUAAGCGACGAACAGAAAGAAAUAAAAAAAUUGAAAGAAUUAGUGGAGGGCGGACUCGAUCCGUGUUUGAUAUCCAAGCUCGAGGAAGAGAAUCGGGAACGGAAAAGGGAAGAGGAAUUGUUAAAAAUACAGGAGAAUCAUCUUUUGGCUCUAUUAAGCCGCGAGGGUGCUUUUAUAGCGAAACAAUCGCUGCUGGACGACGUUAAGCAACAUGCUGAUAGCGUACGAAAGGAGAAACAAGAACUGUAUGAGAAAUUGGAGAAAUGGAGGGAGAAUCACAAUAAGGAAAUGACGGAAAUUGUCGAGAAAUGCCGCGAAAUCGAACAAGCAUCUCGCGAUGCUUUCAACGCCAUGAUCGACGAGAAACGACAAAAGGCCGCCGAAGUUUCAGAAGAAUCGCGACAACUAAGAGCGCAGUUGGUAAAACAAAGAGAAGAGGAUACUCGAAGGAAGAUUAAAUUAAUUGAAGAAAUCAAGACCAUUCAAUCAUUGCGAGCAUUAUUGCCUUUCAAGGACUUUGAUCCUACCGAAUCCAGCGGCUUGGGUCUCUUUUGCGAAAUGUCCUUAGCAGAGUUAAAGGAGCGGUUGUUCUGGAUGAGAAUGAAAUUAAACGAGGAGGUCGAGAAUCGGAAAGCUGUCGUGCAUCGAGAACGCGAGAGGCAGAAAAAUUUCAUCAAGGAUACUCAAAAAGCGCUCGAAGACUACAAAGCCAGCAAGUUAGUUAUCGAAUAACUGUUAGCAUGAGAUUUACGCGCUGCUGUCUUAUCGUCUAAAUUCCAGCGAACGUCUUUGUCUGUCAGCUCGCCAGAAGUGGACGCGUUACGGAAACAGUUGGAGGAACGCAGAGGCAUAAGGCUGCAGAAGGAAAACGCGCUGCGCCCCAACUGA